AUGUUUCGUCUUGCAAUAAUUCUGAUCGUUUUUGGCUUAUACACCGAACAUGCAAUAGGCGGCUCGUUCGUAAUCUAUAACAAUCUGAAGCGUGGAAACCUUAUGAAAAUACAUUGCAAAUCCGGAGACAACAGUAUGGGUUACCACGUGAGACGCCCCGGGAGGUUUUACUUGGUCAAAUUCUCGGAUCAUAUACUUGACAAAACACUUUAUUGGUGUACUUUGUGGCAAGGCCCUGAUUUCAAGCAUAAGCAGGUUAUCGUCGCCUACGACGGUCAGAUGUUGCCUCACAAAGACAAUUGGGUGAGAUGGGCAGCCAAGGAAAGCGGCAUUUAUCAAUCUGUCGAUGGUGCCGAACCUUUUCGUUUCAAGUAUAAUUGGGAUGAUAAACUUUAA